AUGCCACUGCCUGAUGUGUCGGAUGUUGACAUUGAUGGGGAGGGGAAAUUCAAGUACAUCUUGAUACAGGUAAUCGAGAAGUCGACGAAACAGGAAAAAUACAUUGUUCGUGGUUACAAGAGAUGCCCAUAUCAUGCCGAUAUUUUUGACCAAACCCGCGCUAAAACUAGUCAGGAUUUCAAACUGGAAUGUCCGGGUGGUGGCAGGAUAAAACAUGAUCCGAAAGCGAAGACGUUAUUCGUCUACGGUUAUUCACAAGGAUUUGGACGCGGAGAUCACCAAUUAGCGGUCGACAUUCUCAAGUCACAAUUUUCCGACUACGAGAUCACCUGGUCGAAUGAUGGAUAU